GCAAGAUGGCUGCGCCCUGAAGACCUGCUCUUACGCCUGAACUUUCUGCACUUUGUUUCAGGGUCAGAAUCGGGUAGAUCCUGCUUGUCUCCAACCAUGUUCUCCCUCCGAGGUUGUGGCCGUUGGAUGGCACUUUCCCUCACCAAACAGAACCUUUCGUUGGUGCGGCUCAGUAGUGACAGCGCGGCGCCCUGCACUCCGCACUUCGAUGUAGUUGUCAUCGGAGGAGGACAUGCCGGGAGCGAGGCUGCGGCGGCUGCCGCUCGCUGCGGCUCCAGGACUCUGCUUCUCACGCACCGCGUGGACACGAUCGGUCAGAUGUCCUGUAAUCCUUCCUUUGGUGGCAUCGGAAAGGGUCACCUAAUGAGGGAAGUAGAUGCCUUGGAUGGCCUGUGUUCUCGAGUCUGUGACCAGUCUGGUGUGCAUUACAAAGUAUUAAACAAAUGUAAGGGACCAGCUGUUUGGGGGCUGAGAGCUCAGAUUGAUAGGAAACUCUACAAGCAGAACAUGCAGGAAGAAAUCCUAAACACACCGCUGCUUACUGUUCAGGAAGGAGCUGUAGAAGACCUUAUACUUACAGAACCAGAGCCUGAGCAUAUGGGGAAGUGCCGUGUCUGUGGUGUUGUUCUGAUGGACGGGAGCACAGUACACGCAGAGAGUGUGAUUCUGACGACGGGGACAUUUCUCAGAGGCCUGGUUGUGAUUGGACUGGAGAUGCAUCCGGCUGGACGGUUAGGGGACCAGCCUUCCAUAGGCCUAGCACAGACUCUAGAGAAGCUGGGGUUUGUGGUAGGAAGACUGAAAACUGGAACUCCACCCCGAAUUGCCAAAGAGUCCAUUGAUUUUAGCAUUUUAAACAAGCACACACCAGAUAACCCAUCUGUACCUUUCAGCUUUAUGAAUGAGACAGUGUGGAUUAAGCCAGAAGAUCAGCUGUCCUGUUAUCUGACUCAUACCAACCCCAGAGUUGAUGAGAUUGUCCUAGAGAAUCUUCACCUUAACCAUCAUAUUAAAGAAACUACAAGAGGACCCCGAUACUGCCCCUCCAUUGAAUCAAAAGUCUUGCGGUUUCCAAACCGUCAACAUCAGGUUUGGUUGGAACCAGAAGGGUUGGAUUCAAAUCUCAUCUACCCCCAAGGGUUAUCUGUGACCCUGCCAGCUGAGUUGCAAGAGAAAAUGAUCACAUGCAUCAGAGGCUUGGAGAAGGCAAAAAUAAUUCAGCCAGGCUACGGUGUUCAGUAUGAUUACUUAGACCCCCGUCAGAUCACUCCUUCUCUUGAGACUCACUUGGUCCAACGGCUCUUCUUUGCUGGACAGAUAAAUGGCACCACUGGUUAUGAGGAAGCUGCAGCUCAGGGGGUGGUCGCCGGCAUCAACGCCAGUCUCCGGGUCAGACGCAAGCCUCCUUUUGUCAUUAGCCGCACAGAAGGCUACAUCGGAGUAUUGAUUGAUGACCUCACCACACAGGGCACCAGUGAGCCCUACCGCAUGUUCACCAGCCGAGCGGAAUUCCGCUUGUCUCUGCGCCCGGACAACGCUGACAGCAGGCUCACCUUCCGAGGGUAUAAGGAAGCCGGCUGUGUGUCACAACCACGAUAUGAAAGAGCUUCUUUGAUGAAGGCUUCUUUAGAAGAAGGUCUUUCUGUACUAAAAUCCAUUGAGUUUUCAAGCUCUCAGUGGAAAGCCUUAAUCCCAGAGGCUUCCAUAAGUCUUAGUAGAAAUCAGCGUCUCAGCGCUCUGGAUGUUCUGAAAUAUGAGCAAGUCGACAUGGAGCUGUUAGCCAAGGCUAUUCCUGAGCCCUUGAAGAAGUACACUGACUGUAGAGAGCUAGCCCAGAGGCUGAAAAUAGAAGCCACUUAUGAAUCGGCACUGUUCUACCAACAACAAGAAAUAAAGCAAGUUCAGCAAGAUGAAGCUCUCCAGCUGCCAGAAGACCUGGACUACUUGACCCUUAGGGAUGUGUCUUUGUCUGAUGAAGUCAGAGAGAAGCUGCAUUUUAGUCGCCCUCAGACGAUUGGGGCUGCCAGCCGCAUACCCGGAGUGACACCCGCCGCCAUUGUCAACCUGCUCAGAUUUGUGAAGACUCAGCAGAAACGGGCGGUGAAGGCUGAACUGCUCCAGACUGACCAAUGCCUGUGUGACGCAGACAAACUGGAAGAGAGACAGUUGUAGCUUCCUUAAUUCACUGGCAACUCUCUGUCAACACAAGAGUAUAAACGAGAAGUAGUUAUGCUUAGCACAUGUUAAAGUCGCCUGUGGCCAUGAAGGGUUAGCUAUUACUUUAUGCAGAGGAAUGAAGCUCUAGUUGUACCAUUUUGCAUAUUGGGGGAAAAGAGUCAUAAGGUCCUAAUUUAUACUUGUUGGAGUACCAGGGAUAGAACCCAGGGCCUCAUACGUGCUCCAUCAUUGACUGGGCUGUAUCCUGGCCCUACAUGUUGAUAGAAGUUGAUCUUCCCACCUGCAGGGGAGUCGCUUCACAGGUGGUGAAGCAGAUCUGCAGGUGUCUGUCUUUCUCUCCCCCUCUGUCUUCCCCUCCUCUCUCCAUUUCUCUCUGUCCUAUCCAGUGAUGACAACAUCAAUAACAACAACAAUAAUAACUACAACAAUGAAACAUCAAUGGUAACAAAAGGGAAUAAAUAAAUAAAUUUUUUUUUUGAAAAAAGAAGAAGUUGAUAAAAGGGCCAGGUGGUGGCGCACCUGGUUGAGCGCACGUGUUACAAUGCUCAAGGACCCAGGUUCCAGCCCCCAGUCCCCACCUGGCAGGGGAAAAGCUUUGCAAGUGGUGAAGCAGGGCUGCAGGAGUCUCUCUGUCUCCUUCCCUCUCUGCCUCCCCCUUCCUCUCGACCUCUGGCUGUCUCUAUCCAAUAAAUAAAUAAAGAUAAUAAAAAAAUUAAAACUUAAAAAAGUUGAUAGAGAGGUACAGUGUAUCCAAAGUUAAACCUGAUGGAAAGUAAUGUCAUUUAAUGUCAAUUUGCAAAUUUGUCUACUCACAAGAACUUUGGUUCACAAGUCAACCAAAUUAAAAGACUUAUCUUUCUGGAACAUGACGGCAGAGGGGACCUACAGGGUGUUGAAUUGUUCUGUGGAAAACUGAGAAAUGUCACACAUGUACAAAUUACUGUAUUACACUGUCGACUAUAAACCAUUAACUUCCCCCCUCCCCCAGUAAAGAAAAAAAAAAUUAAAACAGACUUUCAACAAGUUUUGAAAGUUA